AUGAAAAAAGCCGGUCAGAAGUCUCGUUUCGGAUGUGUCCGCUGCAGACACCGUCGUGUGAGUUCCAUACCCGCCGCAUCUCCCCGGUGUCAUCGACCUAACGCCGCCUCUUGUAAGAUCAAAUGUGACGAGGCGAAGCCGGCUUGCUCGCAAUGUAGCCGCAGAAGCCAUUCGUGUGAGUACGAGCGCCCGGCACUCAAGUGGUGCGACGGUCUGGAGUCCAUCAGACGCGCCCGUCGAUCCGACAGUAGCAGCAAUAAUAGCGAUAGAAGCACCUCGACGCGCAAAGGUAAACCACCUAUUCCGAAAGGGGUUCCGGCAUCCCAGCAUUCAUCGUCGGAUCUGGGCUCUACCACAACAGCUGGCCCGGUAUCCGACCUCACGACCCCUGGAGCAUUCUUCUGUCAUGGCCAGUUUGAGUUCGGCUUCCCCACUAGCACCUUAUCUGACUUCUCAGACCAAUGGACGCUGCUUGAACAGCAAUCCUCGAUCCCCUACCUUACUGUGGCACCAUUCUUCGAUGUGUUUCAAUGUAACACUCCUGAUACAGUAUCUGAGAAUAUCCCUUCUGCUUCGAAAGCUUCACAUCCAACAGCCUUGCAAGCAGGUCUGAACUCUUGCUCUACCGAUUAUGAGGUUUUGCCGCAAGCAGCCGUGCCAGUAACAUGUUCUCACUCCUGGGACUUGUCCGCGGUUACAGCUCCGACAACCAACCCUACCGGGCCACCGCCGCUGCUCACCGAUGCCUCAUCCACCUUGGUCUUUCAUUAUUUCCGCCACAUUGGACCGUUGUUCUGCUGCUGCCUCCAAAUCGACAACCCAUUCGUAACCGACAUCGCACAAAGAUGGAACUCCUGGACUUCUGGGUCUUUACCUUACGUGUUACAAAGCAUUUCGGCUGCGUAUCUGUCCGAGUCGACACCUCAUCUCCUACCAGUCGCUCGGAGACUCCGGCAUGAGGCAAAGCGCAUCAUAGAGCAAGAAAUAGAGCGUUCGCCUUGCAACACAGAUCAGAACUCGGUGGGAUUUAGCAUUAUCCUACUGGGUGCUUCAGCCGACUGGAUGCAACCGCGAGACUCCAUGCUGGACAUCUUCCAGAAGCUCGCUUCUCUCUACAAGAACAACUUGACCUCUGCCGAUACACAAACAUUUCGAAAGGGCAUCAUGACCUAUUGGCUCAUGUUUAUUACUUACAUGAGCUCUAACAAGCCGAGGUUCGACUUUCUCGCAAGCCCGACCUCUCACGCCACCAUGAUGCAUCGUAUUGAGUCCCCAGCCGCACCUUCUUUCGAUGUACAUCCAUGGACAGGCACUUCUGCGGAGCUCAUUGAAUGCAUGACAUUGGUGGGUGAGCUCAUUCGACAUCAUUGCAGUCUCCUGGACCAACCCCAUUUGGGAGCCUGUAACAGCAGUGCUCAUCAGUACGUAGCGAGCCUUCUUGAAUGUCGACUGUUGAGAUCAUGCCGACCAGGUCCCGUAGGCGACAAUAUCGCGGCCACUGAUGCACAGAACCAGCUAAGUCGGCUGGCUGAGCUCUAUCAACUGGCCGGUUUGAUGCAGCUAUAUAGAGUCUUCCCAGAGUUGGCGAAGAGGUACGACCACUCAACAUAUGAGACACAAUCGGGAUUCUUGUUAUUUCAAGAGAACCACCUCGACAAAGAUCUCUUUUCUAUGGCACAACAUGUAUUUGACCUGGCACUCCAAACUCGUGGAGAUCCUGCAGUACUUCGGUUUCAGCUUGUUCCAGUCAUCGUCGCAGCAUCAGAGUUACGAAUGCAUGCUGUCAUCGGCCAGGACUCAAGUUCCGUUGAAUUGAAUAACUCAGAAUAUGAGGUGGAGAUCAUUUCUCUAGCCCAAUCCCGCCGAGUAGCCAAAGACCAUCUAAAUAAUAUGUACAACGUGUUCCCUGGGGGUCGUAUUAGUCAGGUUAUCAAGCUUACUUCCUCUAUGUGGGAGUCUCUAGAUAAGGAUGUUUCUGGAAAGAGCACUUGUUGGAUCAAGUGGCUUAUGGAAACCGGGCAAGAAGUGGUAUGA